AUGGCAGCUGCUGAGGCGGCGGUGGUAUCGUCAUCUUUGGAAACAGACACGGCCCGGGUCCCUGAAACUGCAGGAGCAGCCGCAGCAACGGCCGCCACCUCAUCAGCGACGGCUGCAGCCGCGGCGGUUGCGGCCGCCGCCAGGACCGGAUCCGAAGCCACGGCCUCCAAGGCCGCCUUGGCUAAUAAGCUGCUGUCCCUGAGCGGCGUGUUCGCCGUGCACAAGCCCAAAGGGCCCACUUCAGCCGAGCUGCUGAAUCGGCUGAAGGAGAAGCUGCUAGCAGAAGCUGGAAUGCCUUCUCCAGAAUGGGCCAAAAGGAAAAAGCAGACUUUGAAAAUUGGACAUGGAGGGACACUAGACAGUGCUGCCCGAGGAGUUCUGGUGGUUGGAAUCGGAAGGGGGACAAAAAUGUUGACCAGUAUGUUGUCAGGGUCCAAGAGGUACACCGCCAUUGGGGAGCUGGGGAAAGCUACUGACACGCUAGAUUCCACCGGCAAAGUAACAGAAGAAAAGCCUUACGAUAAAAUAACACAAGAAGAUAUUGAAGGCAUUCUGCAGAAAUUUACUGGGAAUAUAAUGCAGGUACCUCCCCUCUAUUCUGCAUUAAAGAAAGACGGACAGAGACUUUCAACCUUGAUGAAGAGAGGUGAAAUAGUAGAAGCGAAACCUGCCAGGCCAGUUACGGUGUACAGUCUCUCCCUUCAGAAAUUCCAGCCACCAUUUUUCACAUUAGAUGUUGAAUGUGGAGGAGGUUUUUAUAUCAGAAGCUUGGUCAGUGACAUUGGCAAAGAACUGUCUUCCUGUGCCAACGUCCUAGAGCUGACCCGAACCAAGCAGGGGCCGUUUACACUAGAAGAGCAUGCCCUUCCUGAAGACAAGUGGACAAUUGAUGACAUCGCCCAGUCUCUAGAACAUUGCUCAUCUCUUCUCCCGGCAGAGCUGGCACUUAAAAAGUCAAAACCUGAGGAGUCUAAUGAACAAGUUUUGAGCUGUGAAUAUAUAACCCUAAAUGAGACAAAGGGAGAAGAGGAUAUAAUUAAGGCCUCUUAA